UUUGCUUGCUUUCACAAAUCAGUUGACCUUUUUGUCCUUUCCAAUUACAUGGAUAUACUAUCUACGAUCAUUGAUUGUAAGAUGCUUGAAUAUCCAUCCAUCCAUCCAUCCAUCCUUAAUAAUAUAGCUGGAUGUUGACAGACUUGAGAGCAGAAUCGGGGAGAUGAUAGAGAAUGAAUUGAAACACAUGCAUGCAUGCCUGCCUAAGCUAAGCCAUGACUUAAUGAUCCUGUCAUCAUCCGAUGGCGGACGACAUUCAUUUCGUUUUCCACCCUGUGAUUGCAUGCGGACUAGUAAGGGAAGCCGAAGCCCCUAGAAAUGAAAUUUCGUGCUUCUCUUUGCUUCUUCUUCGUUUCUUUUUUUUUUUUCUUUUUUGAUCUUCCUCUCUGCUGUGAGACAGCGGAAGCUUCUCCAAACCUCCUUCCCUUCCAAACGGCAGCCAGUAGCUGCUUUCUCACUCGGACACUUAGCAUUAUUAAUUCUCUUUUCCAUUCCCCCGUAUAAAUCAUCCUCACAAUCUUACUUUGCUCUAACCUUCCACCUUAUUCUUGUUUCUCAUAUAUAUAAAAAGCUGAUCGAGUAAUACAGGAGGAAGAAAUGGCAGAAGAAGUGCUUCUGUUAGAUUUCUGGCCAAGCCCUUUUGGGAUGAGGGUGAGGAUUGCCCUUAGGGAGAAGGGGUUGGAGUACGAGUCCUGGGAAGAGGACCUCAGCAACAAGAGCCCCCUCCUCCUCAAGAUGAACCCUGUUCACAAGCAGAUCCCUGUCCUCAUCCACAAGGGCAGGCCCGUCUGCGAGUCCCUCGUCAUUCUUCAGUAUAUCGACGAGGUGUGGCCCCACGUGUCCCCUCUCCUGCCCACUGACCCUUAUCAGCGUGCCAACGCCCGGUUCUGGGCUGACUACGUUGACAAGAAGAUAUAUUCGACUGGGCGGUUAGUGUGGGGAGCCACAGGAGACACCCAGGAAGCGGCAAAGAAAGAGCUGAUAAACUGCUUCGAGACGCUGGAGGGCGAGCUCGGGGACAAGGCUUACUUCGGGGGCGACAAGUUUGGGCUGGUGGACAUGUCGCUCAUCCCGUUCUACAGCUGGUUCUAUGCCUUGGAGACGAGCGCCAACUUCAGCAUGGUGGAGGAGUGCCCGAAGCUCGUGGCCUGGGCUAAGAGGUGUAUGCAGAGAGAGAGUGUGUCCAAGUCUCUCCCCGACCAGUACAAAGUCUAUGACUUCCUGUUGGAGCUCAGGAAGAAACUCCAGAAUCAGCCCCACCACUGAAGAAGUGCAAGAAUAUAAAUAUAUAUAUAUAUAUGUAUGUAUGUAUAUUCCAUGUGCAACCACCUCUUAGUCUUAGCUUAAAAAUCGUGCAUUAUGAAAAUAUUCCUCUGAGAGAGAGUACGUAGUAUUCCAAAAUAAUCUCACGUAGUCCAGUGAUUUACAUGUUUUUUGUUUUUUUUUUUGGUUAAGUGAACCUGCUGUAUUCUCGAGUCAAGAGUUCAUUAUGAGUUAUUUCUUGUUUCGUGGCCGCAUGAUGUUCAUUAUACAGUUGGAAUUGCUAGCUUCUGCUUGAAA